AUGAAUAUUGUGAUUUUCAUUCUACCAAUUGUAUAUGCCUGCAUAGACUCAUUCGAUUGUUUUACAGACAGUUCCAGAUUUACUUGCAAUGGGGAACCCUGUCCAGGAAAUCUAACAGAACUAGAUAACUUUGUGACAUUUACAAACAAUCUUUCCAUGUACUAUUAAUUAGAUGCUAAUAACAUUACUCUGUUAUUCGAAUUGCAAUUAUGCUAGAGAUUUGCCAUUGUGUUUAAUUACACAAAAAUGAAUGAAAUCAAUAAAACUUAUGAUGAAUAUGACAUUACCGGCAAAGACAUCAUUUUCUUCAGUUGGGCACAAACCUAUGAUGAUUUGUAUGUUAAUGACAACAUUGGAGCAUCUGCAACCGCAUUUAUUUGGGACGAAUAAAAGGGAGGAUAUUAAAGUUGGCACAUUUUGGGAUAUGCCAUAAUAAAUGAAACAAUUAGAAUCAAAAUCACUAGAGCCAUUCAUACAGAUGAUAACGAGGAUUAUCAAUUUAGUUACCAAUUUGUUGAUAUUGGAUAUCUCAUAGUCUAUGAUAAGGAAGGAUUGGUCUAUAGAAAUUAUAAUAGAGGAGUAGUCACUGUGGAUUUGUAUAACUUAGAUAGUGAGGCAGAGAAAUACGAACAAUUUACAGACGAAGGACAUUCUAUUUUCCUCUUUAUCUUUUGGAGUUUCAUGUCAGAUAUUGGAAUCUUCUUUGGUAGAUAAUUAAAGAGCUAUCCAAAAUAUGCUAAAGUUCACGGAAUGAUAUUCCUAUUCUAGAGCAUUGUGACCUAUAUCUUUGCUUUCAGUAAAAUCGAAUACAAUAAGUUGAAGAUCCAAGAAAUCUAUUAUUAUGAUGGGUUGGUUAUAGCUCAUUUUAUAGUCGGAGUCUUGAUACUGAGUUUUCUGUUGCUUCAAUUGAUGAUGGGCAUGAUUGUCAAAAACAAUCUAGAAUCUUUGAAUGGAUCCAAUAAAAUCUAUAAAGUGAAGAGAAUACACUUCUAUCUUGGUUACUUCAUAUAUUUUGUUACCAAAGCUUAGGUAGCCAUGGGAGUACAUAUUCAAAGGCCAGAUUUAUUAAUUCCCUUCUAUUACUUCUACGUAUUUCUCUUCUUUACCAAAAUGUCAAUCGAAAUACUCUACUACUAUGAAGUGUCCAUAAUACCAAGGCACAGAAUCACCUAUCAGUAUGUAGAAUUAGACAAGAAUCAGAUCUAUGAAAAUUUGAUUGACAAAAUCAAUUAGAAUGUUCCAAGAAAUCAAUUAGUUAAAGAAUAUUAGAAAUUAAAUUACAUCAUUCUCAGAGAAGCCAUUUAUGAUGUCAGUGACUUUAACCAUCCAGGAGGUUAGUAUAUCCUAGAGAGGAUUACUGGAAGGGAAAUUGGUCGAUACUUUUAUGGAGGAUUCCCAAUUUAAAAUUUAAAUAUCAAAAUGCACAUACAUACUUAAUUUGCAAUCAAUUACAUUGAAACUAGAUACUUAGGAGAUUAUAGAAAUGACAAUUGUCCACUCUUAUAUUAUGAGGAAAAUACGUCUCAAAUUGAUAAAUAUGUAUGGAAAUUUGAACAAUACAUCCCAUUUGCCUAAGAUGUUGGCUUAUUCAUAUUCAAAAGUCACUUCUUUUAGGUUCGCCAAUUUUUGAAAGGCGUUUAAUGGUUUGGUCGAUACUUCUAUAUUAAACCAUUUGGAACUGGUAUCAAACUGGCAGAAAGACCUUACUCAAUUGUCAUGUCAUACACUCAUUCUGCCAUCCUCAAGAGACAACAACUACUAGACUUUUUCAAAUCUUAAGUCAUUGAAUAGGAUUUUUAACCCUUCUCCCCUUAGCAAUAGGCCACCUUGUCUGAUGAAAUUAAUUUUGUUGUGAAGAGAUGUGAUUUCUCUAACAACAUGAGUCGAUUCCUUCAUGGCACAGGUCACAAACCAUAUGAAAUAACAGGACCCUAUGGCUUUGGUUUGGAAUUAGAUGCUCUCUCUGAUGGAAUUCAUUAUGCAUUUGUUCAAGGCACUGGAAUUUUGCCAUUCCUUGAUCUUAUAGAUUACCUUCUAAAAAAAGCUAUCUAUACGAUUCUACAUGAUCAAAGAAGCAAGGAAGUAGCUGAUUGCAUAAAUGAUAACAAUGAAGAAUAUCUGACUACUUUAGGUCCAGACUUCUAGUUAAUAAUUCAUGCAGCUUUUAGCGAUAUUGCUCAUCUUUAUGGACUUCCAAUUAUUUAGGAUUUGCUGUUUAUUUAUUAUGAUCAAGGACCGUAGCAAUAUUCCAGAGGAGUUGGCAAAUUAUAUGGUUGA